GUUUAAAAUGCAUUCUGUGGGUAUACACUCUGCCAUGGCUAUCAAGCGGCAGCGAAAACGUCGCGAUGAGCAGAAAAGAGCCAAGGAGAGACGGUAUAGCACUCAAAGUUCUGAAAGCGGUGAAACAUUCCAUUCGCCAAGUGGAUCUGUCCGCCGUAAAUAUCAUCAUCCACAUCAUGCUGUCAAACCUGGACCAGGAAUGUUGGACAGCCAGGUCGUAACCAGCAUCGGAAUGCUGCACAUUGGCAUUGUUUUUAUUGUCUUUGGCGUAUUUCUUUGUGGAGCUGGAAUUAUACCAGAUGAAGCUAUGUCCUGGAAUGUAUUUAGCUCGAGCUCUGCUUGGUGGAACGAGGUAACAUGCACUGGCCUUUUUUCCUUCGGACUAGGCCUAUUUUUACUUAUUCUAAACUGCCUUAUAAGCCGCAAAGAAGAGGAGGACCUUGAAGACUAUGUGCAACGGCAGCUUACAAGAUCACGCUCUGGUCACCGACUUGAACGAGAUGUAGAGACAGGCGUAUUAACCACGCGUCACGCACGAAAAGCUGUUGCAUUGCAGAAGAACGGACGGAAUGGCUUACCCGCGCCAACGGAUGUAGCUGUUGUCCAUUGUAGCUCAUCGGAGAAUAUUUCAAAUGGUCAGAUUGUCGGGCGUAAUGGUCUAAAUAAUUCUGGGGAUAUAUUACUCGAAAAAAUUGUGGAGGAGGAUACACCAUAUUUGAAUGAUCAUAGUACAGCUAUUUCGCCAAUAGAAAUCGAAAAUGAUACAAAACAACUUUUAAGAAGGGAAUCAAUAACAGAUGCAAUCAAUAUAACGCGCAUAUAAAAUGUUUAGAUACUUAUAAAAACAAAAAAA